AUGUUUGAGCGACGCGCGGCUGAUCGCUAUCAUCUGCGGAUGCACCGAGCCCGCUCGGCAGUGUUGACUACAGAGGAAAUUGUUGAAGUCCGCGCUGCCCAGAGAACCUUUGAAGGCGCUUACGUUCGAACCGCCCUCUCUCAAUUCUCCUUCGCCCUCGUCGUACUUAAGAUUUUCACCGCCGAAUUCUACAGUAUCGGAGCUCUAUUCGCCAUCUACGGCACCGGGGUUCUCAUAAUCGGCCUGUUCCGCCGCUCACAAGGAAAUCGACAGUUCUUUUCAGAGCUCGGAGAGGAUGGUAUCCAUCGGCAUAAGUUCCGCACGAGUGGAAAUGCGGUGGUGGUUCUGACUGCGUUGAGUAUCGCAGCAUACGCGUGCUUAAUUGGUCUGACUCUGAACCUGGGGUCAUGA